AGCAACACUCGCAACGGAAGCCCUGGAGCACACCUCUCCGAAGACUUGGAUCAAUUCCCGAGAUAAAUAUUGAUGAUUCCAGGUUGCUCAUUGUUCGACAGUUAGAUAUGCUCAUUGGGCUGUGCGGAGGCAUCUGCGCGGGCAAGUCCUCCAUUGCAUCAUAUCUCGUCGAGGAGCAUCGAUUCGAGCGAAUAUACCUCGAGCGCACCGCUGCGACGCCUGCAGUCGAGAAAUCUGCCUCUAAUGCCCACGUACCCUCCGCUCAACCAGGCUUCACCGAUCCCGAGUACACGUUCCCUAACAUCGAUGCGUUGCUAGACUUUGUCACUCUGAGGUGGAAGGAGCGAUGGGUGACAACCGAUAUAUGGGACGACAAGGUGGUGGAUGCAUUGCUCCGCCGGCCAUUCUUCCUCCUGGUCAGUGUUGACGCGCCGGUGAGCGUGCGGUGGCAGCGAUUCAAACAUCGAUGCGCUGCCUAUAAUCUCAAGCCGCCAACCCUGGAAGACUUCGUCCUGCGGAACGAUGCGCACCUGUUCGCUCCCGGCACGGGGCUGGGUGCUCUCUUCGAGCGCGCCCAACUGAAGCUCCUCAACUCCACCACCUCGAAACCUUCGUUACAUUCGGCGCUGAAGUCCCUAAAUCUAUCCAAUGAGGCACGACUCCGCCCAAGUUGGGACCAGUACUUCAUGCAGCUGGCAGACCUGGCGGCCCACAGGAGCAACUGCAUGAAGAGACGAGUAGGAUGCGUCAUCGUGCGGGAAAAGCGAGUCAUAAGUACCGGAUACAAUGGCACACCUAGAGGCAUGACGAACUGCAACGAGGGCGGAUGUCCACGAUGUAAUAGCGCCACGAAGGGUGGAGCAGACCUGUCCACCUGCCUCUGCCUCCAUGCUGAAGAGAACGCACUCCUAGAAGCUGGCCGAGACCGUAUUGGAGACAAGUCUACUCUGUAUUGCAACACCUGCCCCUGCCUCACGUGUAGUGUUAAGAUCGCACAGGUAGGUAUUAGCGAAGUCGUCUACAACCAAGGCUACAUGGUCGACACCAAGACAGCUGAAAUCUUCGCUGAGAGCGGCGUGCGUCUACGCCAGUUCUCUCCACCCAGAGAAGGACUUGUGGAUCUCUCUCUGGGUCUGCCGGAGGACACAAUUACGCCAUCAGAGGCCAGCCGACUUGGAGAUAUUCGCGAAAUUCUUGACGAUGCAGACUUCGUGCGUCCUGUAUAUUAGGACUGCGAUAUAUUUAUCACAUUCUCUUGCCCCCUGGUAACCCCGGCACAAUACCGUGUGGGGACUGGAAGCCUUCAGUGACAUGUUCUGUAUAUUGAAAAUCGGGUG